UUAGGUAUCAUAAUGAAAAACAGAACCAUAUCCUUUGUCUUUCAAAUGGUAGUCCUCUCAUUUCAUUUUUUUUUUCCCCGGGUCUGGUAUUUUUCAUUGAGGGAGGGGGAGAUGUGUCAUUAGGAGAGACUUGGUAUGUUGAUGAAAAUGACAAAAUUAUAUUAACAUAGUUGUGUCCUUGGGAGAGAAUUUUCUUUGUUUCUUAAUGUUUUGGCCCUUGGUUUUGUCAAAUGGUUCAUUGCAAUCUAUAUAAGGAAUAACUAAAGGCUGGCUUAACAUAGUUGACAUAUCCAUGAAUCUUAUAUCUGAAGUCUUGAAGAAUAUAGGAAGAAUUUUAUGUAAGUUUUUAUCUUUUUUUGCAAUGAACACUCAGAAGAUCAGUUGCAAAGAACAAAUACAUCACCCUUGGCUUGUAAAUGAUUAUAUUUCAGAGUAUUCUAGCCAUUCUCCCCAAUUUUCUCAACCUCCUCAUCACAUGGGACUUUUCUUUCAGUCACCGGCUAUGGAGGAAGGCUCGAAACAAGAAAACUGCUGGCAUGUCGACUCAUCAAGCACCAUUAUCAGUCAUAUAGGAUCACCUGCUUCUGCUUUUUAUGCAACCGAACGCUACAUGGGUUUUCCUCAAUAUGAUUACCAAGCUGGCAGUCACAACUUUUCUCCCCAGCAGUCGAAAAUUUGUGAUCUGCAAAUCCCGUCUUAUCAACAAUCUGGAGAUGGAUUCUGUGCAGGUUCACCAGAGCAAGCUCAACAAAACUUUCAAUGCAAAAGUGCCCCACAAAAUCAAUACUGCGGUUCUUCUGAAAGAUCCUAUGAACUUCCACGCAUCAGCCUCUCAGAAAAUGACCGCAUUUUGCAGCUGAAACGUAAAUUACUAGAUGAUUUUGAUACUCCAGAUAGCAGGCAGCCCUCAAUCCCUCUUCAUAGAAAUCAGGAUCAUAGUAUCUCCCAGAACUUUUCUGGUUCUCAACUGGUUCAUCAAAGGCAGUCUGUGGGACCUUCUGGAGGUGUUUCAGUUACUUCUGGCAAUUUUGUUCCUUCUGGAACAGUUCAAUCGAGCAAAACACGAAUUAGAUGGACACAAGAUCUUCAUGAUCAGUUUGUUGAGUGUGUAAAUCAUCUUGGUGGUGCUGACAGAGCAACACCAAAAGCAAUACUGAACCUAAUGGCCUCAGAGGGAUUGACCAUUUUUCAUGUUAAAAGCCAUUUGCAGAAAUAUCGAUCAAUUGCAAAGCACAUGCCCGAAUCUGCAGAAGGAAAAUCUGAGAAAGCAAAUAAUGUACCACAGAUAGACAGUAAAAUUGGUAUGCAAAUCACAGAGGCGCUGCAACUGCAACUUGAUGUCCAGAGGCGACUUCAUGAGCAGCUAGAGGUAUUGAUUUAACUCUCCAAUAAAGAUUACUUUUAAAUAGUUCCACCGCCACUAAAAAAAAAAAAGGAUAAAAAAGGGGAAAAAAAUUCAAGAUCAUGGUCUCGACGAGUAGGAGCCAAAAAUUCUGUUUCCUGGGACUGAUCCUAGAUUUGGGCCCAGAAGAUGAAGUCUUUCAUUAAGUCUUCAGGGGAGUAUUUAGUAAUUAUUAAGUAGUUUGGGGUUGAACUCCUUGCAAUUGUGAAGAUAACUUCAUACCAAGAGAUUUUUCAAACCUUAAUGGAGGAUCACCCCCAUUUACCCUCUCCACCCCAACCAGCCCAAAAAAUAAUAGGAAAUAACAAUCCGUGGUUGCUGUUCUACUAGUUUGAAUCACUGCAGACUGACACUUACAAAUUUUCCUUCACAAGUAUUCUUUCUACAUUGGUCAAGCAGUCGUAAAAUUUUCAUAUUCUCGCCUCAAAAUGAUCUGGUAACUUAAUAACCGGAAAUGAUCAACUACAUGAACUGAGAAGAUGAAUCAAAACACAUGGAACUAUCAUUCUUUUAGAGUGGUGCACCAGAGCUUCACUGUUCCCAACAUGAAAAAUGAAUAUCAUAGUCUAAUGCAUCUCAAGAACUGUCCUGGUAAUGUCAUUCUCUCUCUCUCUCUCUUUCUGUUCAAUAAGUAUUAAACACAACAGUUUUCACCUGCUUUUGAUCCUAUUGUUCAAUAAUUUGUUUUUAGUUACUGACAUAUCGCGCAUUUUUUGGGGUCAGAUUCAGCGGACUUUACAGUUGAGGAUCGAAGAACAAGGAAAGCAGCUGAAAAUGAUGUUCGACCAGCAACACAAAACGAAUAAGAGCCUCUUUGCAACUCACACUUCGAAUAUGGAGCCUCCUGAUGAUCUCUCAAUUAGCCCUGAGGAUGUUCAGGCUUUGAUUUUGGAAGUUCCUGAAAAUACCACUUCCCAUCUAAAAUAAGUCAGUGACCACAGGCACAUGAUUUUGAUCUUUUUUCAAGUGUAUUCACAAUGAUGAAUAGCUCAUUUGCUGCAAAACAUCAAGAAAAUGAGCAAAAACAUCAAGAACCACACUUACCUACCAGUUUUUUUUUUGGGUGUAUACUUGGAAUUGCUGAUCCGUUAAGGAAAGAAAGGGCAUGUAUUUACUUAAUUUCAAAUGAAAACAACUGAGUGCAGUUUCACACAAUACCACAUAGAAUUUAUGUGAUACCAUAUGGGGUAUUGGAAUGGUCUUGAGUGUGUUCAAUUGGAGUUCUAGUGGCUAUAUUACAAG